GCGGCGCAGCAUGGCGGACGCGGUAUCGCCGCUCCGGCGGAGUCCGGGGCGCCCCACGUGGGUGCGGACCCGCAAGGCUCGGCCGCAGCUGAUGCUGAGCCGCCGUUCCCGCCGCCGGCUCGGGGCGCUAAGCAGGUGUGGCCGGCGGCGGCUGAAGCGACGGCUGCUGCAGGCCCGGGCGGGCCGCGCGCUGCUGCUGCUGCCCGCGGGCCAGGGUUUUACUUUCAGCGGGGUCUGUCGAAUGACCUGCCUCUAUGGCCAGGUGGAGGUGUUGGGUUUUGUCAUCAAUCAAGGCCAGCUUGCCCAGGACAUCUUCUCUGCCUACACCCACUCUUAUCUGACCAUCAAUGCAGUCCAUUACUCCAUGCCCGAGAAGAGCAAGAAGGACGUGAAGAGGGAAGCCCGGGCUUUGCUCAGAGCGCAUCUUAACCUGGAGGACAGAUCUUGGGCGAUGAAGAAUUUUUCUCCUCUGUGUUCCCUUGUGCUGCUGGAACGCCUGAAGAGCACCACCGUUGACUACAUAACCAGCCACCCGGGGUCAUCCGCCAUCUUCGAGCAAGAGUCAACUUCGCAGCUUACUGCUGAGUGCUUGGUCCUGAGGUCUGUCGGCAUCAAACGAGAAAAAAGGAAGCGAGGACUCCACUUAACAGCGAGCACCCUCUCGGCCCUGGAGGAGUUAGUGAGCGUGUGUUGCGAGGAGGCAGAUGGCUGUCCCAUUAUCCUGGUCUGUGGCCCGCAGGAUGUGGGAAAGUCCACGUUCAAUAGGUACCUGCUCAACCAACUGUUAAACAGGUUGACAAUGCUCUGGGAGGCACACGAGCUGGUGGGAGCCAUGUCUGCGCCGCCAACCAUUCGUCCUAAUACCAUCUCAGAGUCUGGGCUGCUGGGCGUGCUUGGACCACCUUACACCCACCAGAGGACACCACAGAAGAUGGUGUAUUAUGGGAAACCUUCUUGCAAAAACAACUACGAGAACUACAUUGACAUAGUCAAAUACGUGUUCAGCGCCUACAAAAGAGAGGCCCCGCUGAUCGUCAACACGAUGGGCUGGGUGACAGAUGAAGGCCUCCUGCUUCUCAUUGACCUCAUCCGGCUGCUGGCCCCGGGCCACGUGGUGCAGUUCAGCUCCGCCCAGAACAAGCAGAUGCCCGACCUCAGCCCGGACUACGUGGACGACACAGAUGGGCUCUACACCAAGAGCAAGGCCCGCGUCCGAGGGCGAGGCUUCCCUCUGCCGGAGCUCACAGACAGCUUGGAGUUUGCUGAUGAAGAGAAAGAUAGCCCCAUUCUCUUUAUGGGACAUAAAUUGUUGCGUGUGAAUUCAGAGUUUUCGUUCAGAAAGACUCCAAGGAAUCGGGACUCACACAACAAGAUUUUCCGAGAUCUGACAGUGUUAGCUUACCUUGCCCAGCUGAUGCCCCCGGUGCCCAAACCCCUGUGUGCCCUGCACAGCCUGACGCCCUAUCAGGUUCCUUUCAAUGCUGUUGCUCUGAGGGUUACGCAUUCUGACGUCGCCCCCACCCACAUCCUGUAUGCAGUCAAUGCCAGCUGGCUGGGGCUCUGUAGGAUCCUGGAUGAUGUCCGCGGCCACGCGCGGGGCCCCAUCCUUCUGGCCCAGACGCCCAUCUGUGACUGCGUGGGCUUUGGGCUCUGCAGGGGCAUCGACAUGGAGAAGCGGCUAUACCACAUCCUUACCCCUGUACCUCCGGAGGAGUUAAGGAGCGUGAAUUGCCUGCUGGUCGGCGCUGUCUCCAUUCCACAGUGCGUCUUCACAAGCCAGCGUGGGCUUGAGGGGACAAUUCCCUAUGUCACAACAGAUUACAAUUUUAACCUUCCUGGGGCAUCAGAGAGAAUCGGGUCAAGAGACACGGAGAAAGAGAAGCUGCCCAAGGGGAAGCUGCACCCCAGAUCCAAGUUCCAUCGGAAAAUGAAGUUUCUCAAGGAAAAGGAAAGGGAUUCUUUGUCCCAGCUGGGCUGCAGCGGAGCCAGCGGGGUGUACGGCUGUGAGGGAAGGGCGCGCUCGCCACAGCCCUGCUCGUCUGGUGGCUCAUGAGCGCCUGCAGAGUGGUGGAGGACUUGAGGCUCCUCUGACGUAGCCCCACUGCUGGCCCUCAGCCCUGCCCUUUGCUGUGGCGCUGCGCCCACUGUAGGGCCGUUUUCUGCAGCAGUGAGAACUGUGGACCCUGCGCUCAGGAGGAAUUAAAGUUCUUCAAGGACCUGGUUAUUGGAAUUGGGAUAAAAAGAAGGAAUCUGGGAUCCCAAGAUGCACCAGAAGGAAGACGAGCAGGGGGCGGAGGACUCGAGAGCAUCAGUGUGCUGUACCCAGAGGGUGGGGUGGGGCUCCCUGCCCUGUGGGUGCUUCCUUUCCUGGAGACCCCAUCUGGCUUCUGGUCACUGGCCAGGUGUGGGGAGAUUCUCUGGUCCAUUGUAUUUUAUCAAGGCUUAAAAGAAAUUGAGUCAAGA